AUGUCUAAUAUGGAUAUUGAGAAAUUAAUCGAACAGUUGACAAUUGAAGAAAAGAUCCAAUUGUUAGCAGGAAAUGAUUGGUGGCACACCUUCCCAGUUCCUAGAUUAAAUAUACCAUCGAUCCGGAUGUCAGACGGUCCCAAUGGGUUAAGAGGUUCCAGAUUUUUUCAAAGUACUCCCUCGACUUGUUUCCCUUGUGGAACAGCUUUGGCUGCUACCUGGAAUAAAGAUUUGUUAUAUAAAGGUGGUAAUUUAAUGGCAGAAGAAGCCUAUAUCAAGGGUGUCAAUGUUAUUUUAGGCCCAACCUGUAACAUUAUCAGAUCCCCUUUGGGUGGCAGGUCAUUUGAAACUUAUUCAGAAGAUCCAGUUUUGUCGGGAGCUAUUGCCAGUUCUCUUAUUUCUGGGAUUCAGGACAAGGACAUUAUCGCUUGUAUUAAGCAUUUUGUUUGCAAUGACCAGGAGGAAGACAGAUUGGGAGUCAAUGCUAUCGUAACCGAGAGAGCUCUUAGAGAGAUUUACUUGAAACCAUUCGAAAUGGCAAUUAGACAAUCUCGCUCCCCACCAAAGGCUGUUAUGACAGCUUAUAACAAAGUUAACGGUGUUCAUGCUUCACAAUCAGAGGAAUUGUUGACCAAUAUUCUUAGAAAAGAGUGGGGUUAUGAAGGGUUGACCAUGUCAGAUUGGUACGGUUGUUAUUCGGCAGAAAAGUCUAUUCAAGCAGGAUUAGAUCUAGAAAUGCCAGGAAAGGCAAGAUUUCGUACUGUGGAUUACCUUAAAUUUGUGCUCAGAGUUAAUGAAUUUAAAAUUGAAACUAUCGACAGAAGUGUUAGAAACGUUUUAAACUUAGUUAAGGAAGCAUCAAAGGCUGGUAUCGCUGAGGACUCUCCAGAGAAUGAAUCUACCAGAAAUCCAAAAACCAGUAAAACUUUACAGGAAAUUGGACAAGAAUCAAUUGUCUUAUUGAAGAAUGACCUGAAGAUCCUUCCCUUAACGAAGGACAAGAUCAAGGGUAAAAAGAUUGCCAUUAUUGGACCCAAUGCUAAAGUUGCACAAUACUCUGGAGGUGGUUCAGCAAAUUUGAAUGCCAGCUACUCUGUUACUCCAUAUGAAGCAAUAAGUUCAAAGCUUAAGAAAGAUUACCCAGAUGUACAAUUGGAGUACGCUGAAGGCUGCCAGAUUGAUAAAUAUCUACCAAAUAUUUUCAAAUACACUACAGGAGACAUUAUUGGUAAAUUUUAUUUAGAUCCACCAGGUUCUAAGAGAUCAGGUCCUUUCGAUGUACUUCAUUUAGACUCAUCUGAAAUUCUUAUACUUGAUUACCUUCACGAGAAAUUGGUCACUAAUAUAUUCUAUGCAACAUUUGAGAAUGACUUCGUUGCUGAUGAAUCGGGAACUUAUGAAUUUGGAUUGACAGUUUUCGGAACUGCCCAAUUGUUUAUUGAUGACAAGUUAUUCAUUGAUAAUAAAGAAGAGCAAAAAAUUGCGGACAAGUUCUUCUUUGGUGUAACAACUGAUGAAAAGAAAAAUGAAAUCUACUUAGAAAAGGGAACGAAGCUUCAAAUUAGAGUUGAAUUUGGAGCUCCAGGCACCUCUGCCGUUUUCAAAGAUCCAACUCAAAAGGGAGCUUUAUUCUAUGGAGCUAGGAUGAAGACAGAUCCACAAGUGGACAUAGACAACGCUGUAAAAUUGGCAGAAGAGCUGGAUUACGUUAUCUUGUGUAUUGGAUCCACAAGAUGGUGGGAGAGUGAAGGGUACGACAGAACAACCUUAGAUUUACCAUUAGAGUCAAAUAAGUUGAUUGAAAGUAUCUUGAAAGUUAAGCAGGAUACUAUCGUUAUUAACCAAUCGGGUUCUCCUGUUACAAUGCCAUGGGUAGACCUGGCCAAUACAUUAGUUCAUGCUUGGUAUGGGGGAAAUGAGUGUGGUAAUACCAUUGCAAAUGUUAUAUUUGGAGAUCACAAUCCCCUGGGAAAAUUAAGUGUAACAUUCCCCAAGUUAUUGAGCGACAAUCCAAGUUAUCUUAACUUUGGUUCCUUCAAUGGAGAAGUUUUAUAUGGAGAAGAUGUAUUUGUUGGUUACAGAUAUUACGAAAAGUUAUCUAGAGAGGUACUCUUCCCUUUUGGUUAUGGUUUAUCGUAUACUACCUUCAAAUUUAAGGACUUGGAAAUUAAGACUGAUGAAGAUAAUCUCAAUUUGACAUUACUUGUUGAGAAUACAGGAGAUUACGAUGGGCAAGAAGUCGUUCAAGUUUAUAUUGAACAGAGUAAUCCAAACAUUAUUAGACCAGUUAAGGAAUUAAGAGACUUCCAGAAGGUUGAAGUAAAGGCUGGUGCAGCCAAGAAAGUUGAAAUCAGUAUUAGUAUUAUCGAAGCAACAAGAUACUGGGAUAACAGCAAGAGAAAAUGGAUUAGUGAGAAGGAUGAAUAUAAAGUCAAGCUUGGAAAUAGUAGUGAUAAUAUUUUAGCAGAAGGUUCAUUUAAGACAGAGAAAACGAAGUGGGAUUUGUAA